UCCCGCUAUCUGCCUUCCACACACCAUACCUUCCUCUGCUGAUUUAUCGACAUCGAGUGUUUUAUAUUUACCAAAGAGUACUCACCAACCUUCAGCAUGAAGAUUGCCAUCCUCUUUUGUCUUCUACCUGCUGUGCUCGGGAUUGAUUCAACUCCUUUGAGCUUGGCCGUCAUCAGGCAAAGUUAUGAUUCUUCCGACACCAACGGCGAUGGAGUUGUGGAGCUGUCAGAAGUGAGAUCCUUUUUCACCAGAGAAGACGCUAAUGGGGAUGGAUAUAUUACCUUCCAAGAGUACAGUGAUGCCAGACCCCCGGAGACACCCCAAGAAAAUCUGCACAAGUUGUUCCAAUACUAUGACAAACUGGACGGCUCGUUGGACGGGAAGGUGUCUGUGUCUGUUGUUCUCGUCAUUUUCAAACGCAUGGACACUAACAAUGAUGAUCAAGUGUCAUUUAAUGAAUUCUCGUCAGCAAUGACUCGGAUCAACCAUGACGUUGCCAGUGAUGUCUUGAUUUCCACGGCGAGCAAGUGACGAAACUGAUGCCGCAAGCACACGAUCUGACGACAGAAUGACGUCAUUUUCUUGUUGAGUGUUGAUGUCAUGAUCAGAACCAUGUUGAAAGAAUAACGAGGAAGAAAUAAAGUUUCAGCAUUUAGAAAAAAAAA